UUCGCUCUUUCUGCCUCCGUCAGCCCACCUCAAUUGUUUUCUUUUUGCAUUGCAGAAAUGACUCACCUGCAUCAAUUGCUGGUGCUCCUCGCGAUCGGACUCGCAACAGCAUGGAAGCCCUGUCCAGAGCUCAGUCCAGCACUCAGAUUUCCCUGCAGGUGCAAGCUGGAGCCCUUGGGGCUGAAUGGGGCCCUCUCGGCCGUGGCGAUGGACUGCGACCGCGUCGUGUUCCCGGGCGAGUCGCCGGUGCUGCCGGUUGGAGCCCCAAUUAUCGCCUUCUCGCAGCGCUUCAGUGGCCAGCAGGCGCUCCCGAGCCAGGCUUUCGCCACAUCGAGCCUCCCCCUGAGGAAUCUCGACUACUCACACAACUCCAUCCGUCGGCUGCCGGAUAAGGCAUUCGCAGGAAUCCAGGAGACACUCACGGAACUCCACCUCAACGACAAUCUGCUGGGCGACUCACUGAAUCCCAUCUUCUCCACGUCGGAGUUUCACACGCUCGCGAAUCUCCGCGUCCUGGACUUGUCUGGCAACAAGAUAAAGGCCAUCGAGGAGGGCAUCCUCAAAGGAUGCGAGAAACUUCAGGAGUUCUAUCUCGAUCGCAACAGCUUAUCCAGUGUCCCAUCCAUGUCACUGAAUGGACCAGCAGCACUCAAGUUCAUCUCACUGCGUGGCAACAACAUCGCCUCCCUCAGGACAGAAGCAUUCGCAGCCCAAUCGAACCUGGAGAGAGUCGAUCUCAGAUACAAUCGCAUUGGUCACAUUGAGGGAAACGCUUUCUCCGGCCUCAGCAACAUCAAGGAGAUCUACCUGGCCGGCAAUCGGCUCUCGCGAAUGAAUAGUGAUGUUUUCUUGGGCGCCUCUACACUCCAAAAGCUCGAUCUGUCCGAGAAUUUCAUCACAAACUUCCCGUCAGUGUCUCUCAGAGAAGUGGAGAAUGUGAAGGUUCUCAAUCUGUCUGCCAAUAUGAUCACCAGUCUGGACAGCUCGCACCUGGCUCAGGUGAAAGGUCUACAAAUACUCGACGUCAGCCGUAAUGGGAUCACUUCAAUCGCUCCGGGAACGUUUAGGGAUCUGCGAUCUCUCAAAUUCUUGGAUGUCAGUCUCAAUGCACUUAGAACGAUUGAGGAUGACGCCUUGGAAGGCUUGGAUGCUCUACAAACACUCAUCAUCAGAGACAACAAUAUUCUCCUCAUCCCUGGAAGCGCUCUCGGUCGACUCCCAAGACUCUCAAAUCUCUACCUGGACUUCAAUCGCGUCGCUGCACUCUCCUCGGACAUUCUGGGAUCAAUCCAGCCCGAAGAUAUCCGGUACAUGUCCCUUUCUCGCAAUGUCAUCCGUGAGCUUCCGCCAGCCAGCUUCCAGAUGUUCAAGAACCUCAUUUACCUGGACUUGUCAGGCAAUUCUCUAAUCGGCAUCAGUGCGGACAUCUUCGUGGGACUCGAGGAGGCUCUGCAAGAUUUAAGAUUGGCCCAGAAUAAGAUUGCCAGCAUUGGAAGCACUCCUCUUGCCCUCACUCAUCUCCUCAAGCUGGAUCUCAGUGAGAAUAAUAUCGUGGAUAUUCCCAGAAAUGCAUUCAGUGGACUUCCUGGUCUCACUCACCUGAAUCUGAGUGGAAAUCCUCAUCUAGGACCUCUUCCUCACACUCUCCUGCAGCCACUGAAGAAACUACGAAGUCUGGAUCUCAGUCGAGCAGGUCUAAAGAUACUUCCAAUCGAACUCUUGGCCAAUAAUCCCGAUCUCAGAGUUGUAAAUCUACAAAAUAACGCCAUUCAGGAGAUUCAGGAAGGAACUUUCUCCAAUCUGCGGAAUAUUACAUCCAUUGAUUUAUCAGAUAACAACAUAAUGACCAUCAGACCAUCGUCCUUUGUCAACAUCAUGAGUAUCCAGAGGCUGUCUCUCAGGGGAAACCAGCUGAGCGCCUUCAAGGGCGAGAUUUUCAAUACAGGAACUAGUCUUGAGGAGCUGGACAUAUCCCAAAAUCAAAUCAUCUACCUCUUCCCGUCUGCCUUCAGAAUCCAUGCUCGCCUCAGGAAGCUGGACAUCUCCAACAACAAGCUCAAGUUCUUCGUGUCUGAAUUGAUAGGAAAUCUGCAGUAUCUGGAACUGAUCAAUUUAUCCGGAAAUCUGCUGAAGAAUAUCGAAGAGCUGGACUUUGCCAGACUUCCGCGACUCAGGAGCCUCUUAAUAGCUAGAAACUCCAUUGAUACCCUCAGUGAGAUGUCCUUCCACAACUCCACACAACUGCAGAUCAUUGAUCUUAGUGACAACAGGCUGGAAAGGAUAGGAGAUCGCACUUUUGAGGGUCUGGUGCGACUUGAGAACCUGAACCUCGAAGGAAACAACUUAUCUGAACUGCCAGAGACCAUCUUCGAGAGAGGAAAGCUUCACAUGCUGGAGAAUAUUAAUUUGGCGAGGAAUAAUUUCGAAGUGGCUCCUCUAAAGUCACUCCAGAGACAGUACUUCUUCGUCUCUUCUGUCAACCUAAGUCAGAACAAGCUCAAACACAUCCCCGGAGAUGACAGCAUAAUGGUGAACAUCAAGGAACUGGAUCUCUCCUACAAUCCCCUCACCGAAGAGGCCAUCUCAAACAUCCUGAGCGAACCUAAGACAGUCAGGCAUUUGAAUUUAGCCGGAACGGGCAUUAAGGAAAUCUCGUCACUGGAAACACCCUUCUUGCAAGUGCUCAACAUCUCAAUGAAUCACAUCACAAGCGUCAAUGAGAGAGUCUUUAGCAGGGCUACUCUUCUCGAGAAUCUCGAUCUCUCAGGGAAUAAACUCCAGGAUAUGAAGAGUGUGUCGAAGAUCUGGCCAACGCUGAACUCUCUGCAGUAUCUGGACUUGUCCAAUAACUCCUUCGAGACCAUAGCACAUGGAGAUCUGGACAAUCUGGAGAUGCUAAAGUCCCUAUCAAUUGCCAAUCUUAAUCAUUGCAGCCGGAUUGAGAAGAACGCUUUCAAAGACCUGCCAAAUCUGUCCAAAUUGCGAGCCUACAACUACCCAAGAUUGGGCUAUUUGGAUGUUCAAGGGAUCCUAGAGGCACUGCCUGGUCUCGAGACCUUGGAUAUUGAGGUGAAAGAUGCCGCCGUGGGCAGCGAUCAGAUCCAACCAUCCCUGCAUCCAAGACUUAAAGAACUGGGGAUCAGAGGAUACAGGCUCAGGAGUAUCUCUUCAGGCACCUUGGCUGGCCUCAAAGCUCAGGACCUCAACAUCAAACUCAAGAACACUUCUUUAUCUUCCCUUCCGCCAGCCUUACUUUUCCCCGUUCCUCGAUCCUCACACUUAACGCUAGACAUCACAGGAUCUCGAAUUCCCGUCCUAUCGCCUCAACUCCUCACAGCCCUCGAAGACCGAAGGAAUAGCUUGACUCUCACGGGUUUAGACAGCAAUCCAAUCCACUGCGAUUGCAAUGCUCGAGCUCUCAGGAGAUGGAUUCCGGGAACUAGCAUGGCCGGUCUCAAGUGCCAAACGCCUGAGUAUCUUCAGGAUCGACUCCUGAUUGAAGUUGGGGAUGAUGAACUCACGUGUGAUCCCAGACGUCUUCCCACAACAACUCCAAGACCCACAAUGGUACUCUUGACUUCCAGCUCGACUCCUCGCGCCAUAAUGACAACAACUACUGAGCCAGAGAUCAUCUGGAGUCUGGCCCCAACCAAAGCUGCGCCAAAGUUGAAGACGAAGCCUCCACAGAUGAAGCAAGCGCCCAUGAAUAAUGACGACACCUUGAUAAUAGGGAUUGUGGGAGGCGUCGUGGCUUUCAUCGCGAUCCUGAUCAUCAUAAUCUGCAUCGUGCGUCUGAGAAUGAGCAGCGCUCCCUACCGCGGACCCAUGCCAAUGGGAAUUCCGCCUAUGCCAAUGGGUCCCGGAAGUGUUCAGAUGAGCUUCAAGGGUGCUCCGGGCCCUGCCCUCUACGCCGUUCCCCCCUACGCCCAGAGCUACGCCACACUGCCGCACAAGCUGCCACCUCCGCAUUCCGUCGUGGCACAGAGCCACGCGAAUCUCAGUCAGAUCAGGCCAGCGUUCUCCACAAUGGGCCGCGUUCCCUAUGCUUUCCCACAGCAACAACCUCCGCCGCCCUCCCAGCAGGCCCAGCAGCCACAGGGCACCUCCCACAAUGGCCAGCCUUACGUGAUCUACGACGAGAAAGCCUACAGAUAAUGGCUGAGAACCUAGAGAAGGGUUCAGUGCCUUGGACGAUCCCCUCUGUCACACUUCGACCUCUCUAGCUUUAUUCUCGCGUAAUAUUUACGCGCCAAUUUGUUUUUAUAAAGAUAAAUAUGUUGUUUUACGUGUAAAUAUAAGUGCAUUUAGACAAUUAACACUAUAUAUGACAGAAACAUAUACUCUGCAAGACAUUUUUUCUCAUAUUAUUAAAUGAUCUGUAAUUAAUUACUAAGGUAAUAUAUCUCAUAAAGUUAUAAAUCAUGUAAGACAAGACAGUGUAGCAAUAGGGAUGAUGUUGAAAUAUUUAAAAUUAUAAAAUUGUAGUUUCUAAUAGCACUGUAAGUCACUUAUCUCACGGCGCAACAUUAAGAAAAAAAAUUUUUAAUAAAUUAAUUGAUCGAGACGGAAUAUAGUUUCACUUUGCAAAAUCACUCGACAAUUUCACCAAAUGAGCCAAUUUGAGUAUCAAUAAGUAUUCUAUUCAGUCGAA